AAACCAAAAAAAAAAGUAAAUGAAAUAAAAAAUACAUAUAUAUAGCAGAAGAAACUGAACGGCUAAACAUGACCAAUAUGGAAUUUCAUAAAUCGCAAAUCAGUUUUGUCUUACCUAUAGCAAAAGGAUCCAGUGUUCAGCGUAAUCCUGAUUCUAUCUUCUCACUUAAGAAUAUAUCACGAAGAAGUCGGCUUACUGAAAAAUAUGAUAUAGCCGGACCAAUUGCGUCACAAUUUCCGGACAUGAAUCGACGGCAUUCAAUGGACAGAGCAUUUGUGCAAAAGGACUUCAUUCCGAGCGUUACUCAUCAUUUUAUUGCAAAUAGACAUAUAUGCAACGAUUCAACAGUUAGUCUCUCGCGUACUGUCAGUUAUUCGAAUUUUCAUAUACCACUUCGCAUACGUUGCUUGGCCAACUAUAAGCGAGCCAAGCGCAAGUAUGAGGAGCAAUUCCAAAAGGAGAUAACGAAUCUUGUUGACUAUCAAACAUCUGCCCUGGAGGCGUGUCAAUUUGUGAGAAUGAUGAGUUAUUUAACACUUUGGCCACCGCUUCAUACUUCUAAAGAAUUGCAUUUGACUACGAAGAAUUUUUUCAAACUGGAUAAAGAGGAAGAGUCGCGCUUCAAAAAAAUAAUGUCAACCGAUUUGAUUUGAUCUUUCUAAUUGAUCUGUUUAUAAAAUAUAUAUUGCUAAAGAUCUGCUAAAAAUCUU